CGCGGCCGCCCGGCGGUCCGUCCCGCGGCCGGCUUGGAUGGCCCCCCCUGGGCCGGCCCGGCUCCCAGCGCGCUGGCACCACCGCCUCGCCCUGCUCUUUGUCUGCGCAGAGAGGUGUCUGGCGCAGUGCGGCCUCGAGUGCCGAGCCUACUGCUGUGACCGGCCCAGCCCGUUCUGCUGCUCCUACUACGCCUACAUCGGGAAUGUCCUCUCAGGCACGGCGAUCGCUGGCAUCGUCUUUGGCAUCGUGUUCAUCAUGGGCGUGAUCGCCGGGGUGGCCAUCUGCGUGUGCGUGUGCGUGAAGAACGGCCGUGGGAGCACGCGCAUCGGCGUCCUGCGCCCGGCACACAGCAGCCCCGUCCACGCCUUCCCCGCGGCGCCCCCACCCUACAGCUGCGACUGCGAGCUCCUGCCCCCCCGGGACCCUCCACCCCCCUACACGCCGAUGCCCCAGCCUCAUUUGCCCCCGCCCCCGCCCUACCCUGGCUACUUGGGGAAGUGAAGUCCGCCCACCCCCUCCCUUCCUCCAAGAUGGGCCCAGUGGAGGUGCUGGCCCAGGGAGCCCCAGCAAGGCCGGGAGACUCUCCAGCCACGAGGUUCGGUGGCCCUGGACCCUGAAGAGAGGGACGGGCUGUGGAUGGGGGGCGCGGGAUGGGUCUGGGGGCCUCCAGAAGGGUCUGGGGAAGAAGAGUCUGAAGAAACACGUGGGACGCGGCCCUGCAAUGGGAAGGACGUGAGAGUCGACGCUGCCCGAGAUUGACCAGAGACACCCCUGCCCGCACCCCGAUAUCCGCUCACCUGGGGUGCAGCCGGACCCUCUUCCCCCAUCCUUAGGCCCCAAGGUGCAGCCCCCUCCCCUCGUCCAUCGCCCCGGGAUCCCCUCCCCGCCAAGUGCCUCCAUAGGCCGGAGCCCGGGCCCCAGGGGGAGUCGGCCCAUCGUCUCUCCGGCCGAGCGGCCGCCUCGGCGUCUGACCACGUCAAGCCCGCCGGACUCCCCCGCCCCGCCGCCCGUCCUCACCACUCCCGCACACUGGGAUCCCAGGCAUCCUGACCCUCGGUUCCCCGUGGACCCAGGGUGGACCGGCCGGCCGGCCAGCGAGACGCCCCCCUCACGUGGACUGGAUGGGGGAGAGGUGUGGGGCGUGGGGGCGUUGGAGGGAGGAGGGAACCGGACCCGCGGAGGUCACGUUGGUCAAACCGCCGGCUACUGCUGCUGAGCAGACACCUCCGGGUGGACAAUAAAACACCGGUGCCCGCCCCCGUCGAGGGACACGGGGGGGGGGGGACGACCUGAUGCAAGUCCAGUCUGGAUUUUCCCCUUCUUCCCUGGGGAAGGUCGUAGCCGUGGGGUGGGCUGGGUGAAGAGGGCUGGAAUAAUCGUGGGGGGCUUCCUGGAGGGGGUGAGGUGAGCUCAGGAUUCUCAGAGGGGGCGAUCAGGGAACGCUUCCCGGAGGGGUUGAGUCGGGUUCGGGAUUCUGGGAGGGGUGAAUCAGGGAAAGCUUCGUGGAGGGGGCGAGGUGGGCUCAGACU